AUGUUGCGAACUGUGAGUAUCUUUGCUGCUUUGCUAGCCUUCGUUCGCGCCGAUUCUUGCGAACUUUCUGGUGGUAACUAUUACUGCUCAGAGGUCAACCAAAUCCAGUUCUCUGGUGUUGGCUUUGCUGGUUCCUACAACCGAGUCACAGACAUGAACCCUACAAGUGGUACUUGCCAAAGCACUCCUUUCUCUUUCGAAGGUCCUCUUGCUCCUUUCGACGAGGGACUUUCCGUACACUUCCGUGGACCCAUUGAAUUGUUGCAAUUUGGCGUCUACACUCCCAGUGGCUCCCCUGCCAAGCGCGACUUGGGGGACCACCACGUUCACCGACGUGACCCUCAGUUGGUUACCGAGUAUCGUGACUAUACUGAUUUUGUUACUGUCGACCAGUUUGGAAAUCUCUUGACUGGCGAGGCUGCUGCCGUUGCGACUGCAGCCCAGGACCCCAGUGCGGUGACUACUGUGAACACUGAGGCCACACUUGAGUUGGCCACAUCUGUUCUUAACUACAACUUCAAUCACCAGGCUGAGUCUUCUGCUACUGGUCCCUCAGUUAUUACUACUCAGGCACCGCCCCAGGCUACCGCUAGUGUUUCUGCUAAUGGCGCUUGGCAAAAGGCUGCUUUCUACGAUGCGAACUCUGUUUCUUCGUCUGGUUUGACCUUCUUGAACAACUUGGGUGGCCAGGGCUCUGGUGUUUUCGACUAUGCUUUCGGAAACUCUCUCUCUUACUGCGCUGCUGACGGUGUCAACGCUGCCUCUAGCCCCCAGACUCUUAAUAAGGUUGUUGUUCCUUCCAACAAGGAGUUUAUUAUCUUCACUGACCAGCAGUGCUCGUCAGCUACCUGCGGUUACUGGCGUGAGGGUAUCCCAGCCUAUCGCGGUUUCGAGGGUAACCAGAAGAUCUUCGUUUUUGAGUUCACCAUGCCUUCCGAGUCUACGGUCCCUGCUGGCUCUUUCAACUACGACAUGCCUGCCAUCUGGCUUCUUAAUGCUCAAAUUCCUCGCACCCUUCAAUAUGGCCUGGCCGACUGCUCUUGCUGGGCUUCUGGAUGCGGUGAGUUUGAUCUCUUUGAGGUUCUGACCGCCGGCGAGCAGCGUAUGCUGGCUACCAUGCACGAUAAACAAAAUGGUAAUGGUGCCGGCUGCUCGAGCUAUUUCACUCGCCCUACUUCAGGCACCAUGAAGGCUGCCGUUGUAAUGGACAAUGGCGUUGUCACACUCGUGCGCCUCGACGAUAGCGUUGCGUUUGGAGAGUCCAUCUCUAAUGAUCAGAUCCAGCAAUGGUUCGCCGCUACCAAGGGCCAAUCUGCCGCUGUCCAGGUUUAA